GUCGCAUGGUCCAUUUGACAACAAACUCACCACCUUAUAUACUGCGUUUUUUUAAUUGCUCAGAAUAGCACAAAUAACAUGGGAAAGGAUGGCGAAAAGAAAACUUACUGACAUAACAGUCAGGUGUUUAGAUGACAGAAUGCUGCAUUAACAAAAUCCAACAAGAUGUUUGUAUUAGCAGAAAUUAAGGACACUGUGCGUAUUCCCCCAUGGCAGUUCAAUGUCAAACUCACAGAUGCCGUGGUAGAGGCUCUUAACAAAAAACUAGCUAAUAAGGUUGUUCACAAUGUAGGACUAUGUAUAGCUCUGUGGGACAUCACUAAGCUAGAAGACAGCUACAUAUUACCAGGGGAUGGUUCCUCCCAUACUGUUGUUCAUUUCCGCUACGUUGUCUUCCGCCCAUUUAAUGAUGAAGUUGUGAUUGGAAAAAUCAAGAGCAGUAGCAAGGAAGGAGUACAUG